GCAGCUCAGGGCCGGCGAAGGCCCCCGAGCUGCGGGCGGCGCUGACGUGUCGGAGGGAGCGGCGGCGGCCCCGGAGGCACCAUGUCCAAGGUCACCUUCAAAGUGACGCUCACCUCGGACCCCCGGUUGCCUUACAAAGUGUUAAGCGUGCCUGAGAGCACACCUUUCACAGCUGUCCUCAAGUUUGCUGCAGAAGAAUUCAAAGUUCCUGCAGCAACAAGUGCCAUUAUAACAAAUGAUGGUAUAGGAAUAAACCCUGCACAGACAGCAGGAAAUGUGUUUCUAAAGCAUGGUUCAGAUCUACGGCUCAUUCCCAGAGAUCGUGUUGGGAGCUCAUAACAUCUCCUGAAAGCUGGGGAAUAGGUGUCAUUGUUGUGCAGCAGGGGUCUAUUUAUUUUGGAACUCCAAAAUGCAACUGAUGAAUUGGACUUUUUUAAAGCAAGCAGAAAUGACUUCCCAGGAUUUGAUUUUUUCUUUGGAAACAGAGAUAAGGGUUCAUUUUUCUCUUAAAAUACAGUAACUCGUGCACUGAUUCUUCCCUGACUAGUAGAACAGGCUGAUUGCAUGUUAUGUUGCUGUAAGAAAGACAGACUUCGUUACAGGUGUUACUGACACCACAAGAGUAAACACAGCUGCCAUCAAUAGAUACUUAAAAUACUGGAUAUUGUUGAGCCUGCUUCAUGAAGGGGAAAACUGUGUUAUGACGUUGCUACUAAAUUAUUCUUACUGUGUGCUAAAAGUUGGGUUUUUUUCUGUAUUUUUUUUUUCCUAAAGUUAUUUCCAUUUUUAAGGGAACAGCUUUCACCUGGCUCAAGUAUUAAUCUCAAGUAGAGGGGAAAUUUCAGGAGUUUAUUACUCAAAUAAGUAAACAUCUGCCAAGUGUUCCAAAGUAAUUCUAAGAUUUAAUUGCUGCAAGUAUUUGAGAUAAAGGAGAAUGCAGAGAUUUCUGUGUUUUAAGACUUCGUUUUGACAUACUGUGAAUUUUAAUUAAACUCAGUUUCAGAGAAUUUGUGAGACCUAGUCUCCUCACAUGAAGUGCCAUCAGCUGGGAAGGAUUGAAGUGAAUUUGGGAAUGGGUAGACUGGUCAAAUAUGUCAUUCCUUUUUCAGUAAACUAGUGCUGGUUCUUUCCAGCAAGAAGUCUUGGUUUUGUUGCUGCCUGUUACAUAAAAAGCAGCAUAGAAUUCACUGAAAUAUUUUUGUUCAGAUUAGAAAUUGCCAUGUGUACACUAUCAGUUGUCUAUUUUAAGUAGAGAAAUUGCUGCUUUUCUUGAACUGGUUGUCUGUGCUGUGAUUUAAUGUAUUUGGCAAAAUCUUACCAUAUUGCAUUUUUUUCUGUUCUACUGACUUGAACAAUGGGUAUUGCAAUGCUUGGUUAAAUGAGUAUUCUCACAAAUACAACUGUCCUGUGCAAUCACCGUGCUUUAGAAAGAUGUUCAGAUAAUGUGUCAGAUAAUGCAGAAGUACAUAAUGCCCUUCUGAGUGGGUGUGAGCUGAGGAAAUAAAGAAAAACUCUCCAGAAAUCAAUAUUUGCCUAUAGACAGCUUCCAACUUUAAGAUAAACUGCAAAAUUCUGUAUUUUUCUUUACUUUAAUAAACAACUAAAUGAAAAAGUGCAAACGUUGUUCCUAUCCUAUUCUUAGAGUUUGAUAAUAAUUAAAAACUGUUCCCGUUAAUUAUUCAGCAUGCUUUGGGAUUAAUUUUGAGCCAAAAGAUAGUUAUUAUGCAGAAUUCUACAGAACACUGCCCCAAAGGGCAGAGUGCCUUGUUUUUUGUUAGUCUAAUGCCACAAUAUAAUUAGUAUGAGCAAAAUUAAUUGCUUGUAAUUUUUAGCUGCAAAUCUCUUGACUGAAUGCUUGAGAAAGCACCUCAUAUUGGAAUAUAACAAACAGGAAUCUUUUUUUUUUCCUGUCUAAAGGUGCAGUGUUUUUGAAAGGGAAUUGUGGUUAACUGCAUUUUGAAACUAGGAUGCUCUGAUGUUUACAUAAUUGAGGGUUAUGUAAAAAUUAUUUCAUGUGGUGGCUAACAUUUCUCAUGCUGUUACUUAGGUUAUAACAGAGCAUAAAGUAUUUGACAUACUGCAUUGCAGGUAGUUUAUGUAACAUGCUAAGAAUUUGUUCAUUUGGAAAAAUAACCGGUAUUUUUAGUACUCUGUUCAUUACACCUUUGUCUCAAUAUGGCCUCUCAAAUCUGACCGUGGCUUUUCUGUUUGGUAAAGAGACUAUUUCAGUGCUAAAACAUAUUUACCAAUCUUUGCUAGUUGACUUGACCUUUGCAAGUUCAUUUUGUUAAGUUGUGUUUGACAUGGUUGUAUAGGAAACUUAAGGUUUCUAGGGCUUGGGAGUUGUUAGAAAAUUGUGGAAAUGCUGUGCUCCCAGAUUUGUACUGGUCUGUCUGUCCAUACUUUAUGAUGUACUUUGGAAAUCAACUCUACCUGGCAGUUUUGUUGUUUUCAGCUCUGAUUAUAAUCUGAAUGGUAUUAAAGAAAAGAUUUUUUUGGUGUUCAUGCUUCA